AUGGAUAACUUGAAUCGGAGACACCUCUCAAUGAGCACCAGAUGCCCAGUCUCCUCCUUUAUAAGUGAGGUGAUACCUAAAUCAAAGGGGCUUCUUUCUUUAAGUUCUUCAGGCAGUGAUUCUGACAACGACGUUGAAAAAACAGUUUACGAGGAAAAACUUGAGUUCCUCCAGAAAACCUUGUGUAGGAGCAAAAUCCUGGGGAGUCUUGUAGAGCUCUGGCAUCUUCUGGCAUCUUCCGAGCAGAGUGGCUGCAGCCGAGAUGACCAUGGGUUUCAGGUUGGAGAGAUGAGAUACGCCAGUGUUCGGGACUUAAAGGGGAAACUUCUAACUGACAUUAGAGAAUAUUGUAUAGACUCAGAAGGUGAAAUGAAGCAAAGGAGAAAAGGUAAUUCUUUAAACAGGGAGCAGUGGAGCCUGCUGAAGGAACAGAUCUCUGGUAUAGAUGAUGCAAUAAGAAAGCUGUAG